AUGUGGGAGUUGAGCUCCACUAGCAGCAGAGCAACCAGUCUGAACUUGGUGGUGCUUCUGCGUUUUGCCGUCGGUGUCGAGCUGAACAUUGAAUUGGACAUACCACCGCCUCUACCAACUGAGCACAGCAUUUAUAUCGACAAGGACCAACUGGUGGAUUUGGGGAAUGGCAAGCAACUUACUGUUGACGACAUCGUGAUUGGCAUGGAAUUCCUGUUCGAGCGACGAGUCCUGUACGACAAGCAGAGAUGGAAGGGCAUGAUCAUGGAACAAAAUCCUCUAGAUGCUUUUGCAAUCCAGCACUUCCUGUAUAAAACAAAGCCAGAUGUGUUGAUUGAGUUUGGGACGAAUACUGGUGGUGCUGCCGUAUUCUAUGCCGAGCUGAUGACAGCUUACAACCCCGCGUCUCAUGUCAUCACGAUCGAUCCGUUCGAUCGCGUAGCGAGGUCGCACACUGGAUAUGUUCCAGAGGUGCUUGCCUCUUCUAGCCCGUUGUGGGGAACUGUGGUGAGACCCAUCGUGGGCAUCCCCACAUGGCGCAACAUUAGCAGUACGGUUCGCAGGCUGUUGAAGGAGUUCAAUGCCAGCAAUGUAUUCAUAAUCGAAGACGGUCGCCAUAGAAAACAUUCUGUCCUGUCCAACUUGCUUAUGUACCAUGACCUUGUCAAGCCCUGCGGCUGGAUUCUCGUACAGGAUACUCGCUUGGAUCGCACAUUACAUCGGGCUGGAGAUGGGCCUUAUGCUGCGGUGCAGGAGUUUUUGACACUGGCACCAUAUUAUCGAGUUCGUCGCGACUUCGAGUACUACCUCUUCACCAACAACCCAAUGGGCUGGCUGCAGAAAGUGCUGCCCUAUCAUGAUUGUAGUGCAUUAUGA